AUGAAACAAUUCCAGCCACGUGUCACAACCCUAGCAGCUCAUCAGCCUCACCAUCAGCAUGUAAAAAAGUGCCACGUCAUCAUCAGGGAGAGGAAAUCACGCAAGAGACGCAGUAGUGGAAGUGAUUCUGUGGAAAACACUCUUGAAAAGUGGAAGGAGUAUAACAGGCAGCAACAACUUGGUUUAAGAGAAAAUGGUGUGGAAGUGAUUCACAAAGUUCCUGCAAAAGGGUCGAGAAAAGGGUGCAUGAGAGGUAAGGGAGGACCUCAGAACUCCGAUUGCAAGUUUCGAGGUGUGCGGCAGAGAAUUUGGGGGAAAUGGGUUGCUGAGAUUCGUGAACCAAUCAAUGGCAAGAUUGUGGGUGAGAAAGCAAACAGGCUUUGGCUUGGUACUUUCUCCACUGCACUUGAAGCGGCUAUUGCUUAUGAUGAAGCUGCUAAGGCCAUGUAUGGCCCCUGUGCCCGUUUGAAUUUUCCUGAGCCUUCUGUAGAUCCAAUAGACUCUAAUGGAUCAUCAUCUAGUGGAUCUGAUGAAAAAUCACCAAGUGGUUCUUCAGAGAAUGACAGUGAUGUUGCAAAAACUGAGUUGGAAAGGAACCGUCAUCAGCCUCAUGAAGAGAAGCCAAGGUUUUCUAAGGAUUUUGUUUUUGAGGAAAAAGUAGAGAAACAGGUUCCUUCUGGAGGUUCUGUAACUGAUGACUCAGUAGAGGAGUUGAAGGAAAUGACAACUGGCUUUGAACAAUGUCAAACAAGUGAAGAAUGUAUGGCAAUAACUAUGAAGAAUGUUAAGUCUGAAGUACCUGAAGAAAGUGAAGGAAUAGAGAGAGAAUUGGAGAGGGUUUUGAAAAAUUCUGGCUUAGGUGAAGAGAGUAAUCACUUGCAGAAGGAGCCUGUGGACAUAGCCAUGAAUACAAGAGCUAACUAUUGCAGCUCUUCUGAUGCUGCUGAACAUGACAUUGUGGUGAAAAGUGAAGGAACAAGAGGAGAAUCAGUUGAAAUUUUGAAAUCAUGUGAGUUAAGCUGCAGCAACCAUGGCCUUGGAUAUAUGCAUAGCAUGCUGCCAGAUAGCAAUCCAAGACCACAUUCUGAGCAUUUUAAUAACACCCAAACUGAGGCAUCUAUAGCGAGGAAGCAUACCGAGGAAGUAAUUUCUGAAAUCCUGGGGCUAUGUCACGGCAAGUGCUUGAAGAUUAGUCAUGAUGUGUCACCACAUGAGCAUUAUAAAGCUGAACAUUUUGAUGAGAUGAGAACAAAGCUUAAGUGUCUGGAAUGCAAGUUCAGAGCACAUUCUAUUCACUACAAGAAUCAGGAACCCACAGAUGGGGAUUCCAAUUAUCCUUCAAUGCAAGGAAUUCAUAUGUUCGGUGGUGGCACUGUAGGACCAAUGGAAAGCAUUUACCAAGUUGAUGCUAUGAACAACAUCAACACAAACAGAAAUUCACUACCUGGAUUUAGUUCUGGGCAUAGUAGGAAGUUGUGUGAUCUUUCUCAACAGCUACACAAACUUGGUGGUUACCUUCCUGAGCAUUGGAAUAAUAUGCAGUGUGCAGACUUCGAAGUGGGUUAUGAUUAUAGUUUCUUAAAUCCAGAUUAUGAUUUUGGCUUAUUAGAAGAGCAGAAGUUACUUGAUGUAUGUUUUCCACAAAUAGGAUCUUAG